UUGAAUAGAGAGUUUAAUAGUUCAAAAUCGGCAAGAGGACCAGAUGGUUAAUUCAAUUGCAAAUUUUAUAGUGCAAGAUUGACGAGAGUCGCGGCUUUUGAACAGCGAAUAACAGCCAUGACUUUACGAAACAAUCGUACAAAAUAUGAAAAGAUACCACUUAAAGAUUCGUCUUCGGGUGACGAGGAUUCAGGAAGUCACUCUGGCGCAAGUCCGACAUUAAAACAGAAAUCUCUAAUCAAAUUAAAACGAGAAAUUGGAAUCUUUUCUGGUGUUUGUCUCGUCGUAAGCACCAUGAUAGGAUCAGGGAUUUUUGUCGUCCCAACUGGAGUUUUGAAAUACUGUGACGGGGACGUUAAACUAAGUAUUCUAAUCUGGGGUAUCGGAGGUUUGAUUGCAAUGCUGGCAGCAUUAUGUGUUUGCGAACUUGGGGCUUCAAUACCCGAAUCAGGGUCAUGGAUGACUUUUAUUCACUACUCCUUUGGACCGCUAUUAUCAUUUAUAUUUACCUGGAUGACCGUGGUUGUAUCGGCACCCGAGGGAUUAGCUGCGCAGUUUAUAGCGCUUGGAGAAUACAUGACAAGACUGUACUUUGAGGCUGGGAAAUGUGAAGUUCCUAACGCGACUUUGCUGAAGAAGUUACUCGGCGUUUCUGUUGCAUUGGUGAUUAUGGUGUUAAACAUGACGAAAGUAAAAUGGGCCGUCAGACUGCAGAUUUUCUGUGCUUUUGGAAAAGUCGUUGCUCUAGUUGGAAUAUCGACAGUCGGAUUCAUUCAACUGAUGAAAGACAGCACCGUUGCCAGAAAUAAUUUUAUGCCUGGACCAGCGAACGCAAGCUUCUUGACUGAAAGCAACAGUCAUUUAGUCUCAACUGGAGUUGGGAUAAGUGCAAUAAGUUUGGCAAUAUAUCAAGGACUAUGGGCGUAUGAUGGGUUUGAAGUUGUUACAAUCGUAACUGAAGAGGUCAAAAACCCGUCACGAUCUUUGCCGAUUAUAACAAUCAUCGCUGUUCCGCUGGUAACGUUGCUCUACAUGAUUGUGAACGUGGCAUAUUUUUCAGUUUUGACACCUUCAGAGAUGUUAUCCUCGCAUGCAGUAGCGGUUACAUUCGGCCAGCGUGUUCACCCAUUCCUGGCCUAUUUGAUGACGCUUUCUGUUUGCAUGUCUCUGAUUGGAUCAAUCAACGGACACUUCCUGGCUACGGCAAGGGUACCAUUUGUAGCGGGGCGACUCGGACAUAUGCCUGAGUUCCUCUCCAUGGCGCAUGUCCGUUACUACUCUCCUGUUCCGGCUAUCUUAAUAUCUAUGGGCUUGGGUGCAUUAAUGCUUCUUCAAAGCAAUUUCGACGUUCUUGUCACUGCCAGUCUGUUCACUAUGUGGGGAUUCAGAGGUCUCUCGUUCAUUGGACUUCUGUAUCUCAGAGUGAAACGAAAAGACCUUCACAGACCUUAUAAAGUCUACACGGCAACAGCAGUCAUGGCUAUACUUGUGUCAGCAUAUUUGAUAGCGGUACCAUUAGUAUUCCAGCCAGAGCCGUUAUACCUUCUAUCCGUCGUUUUGAUUGCAGUUUUUGCUGUUAUGUAUAAGUUUGUAGAAAAGGGGAAAUUACGAAUGUCUGGUAUCGGACCUGUUUCCAUAUUUCUACAAAAAGUUCUUCUCGUCGCACCUACAUCACGUGGGGCACAUCACACGACUUGAAAACUGUUGUGAACGCUUCUUCGAGUCUAGCGGUGCACGAUCUAUAAAGGGCGUGUUAAAUAUUCAAGAAAAAAUGCGGGAAAAUAAAACGUCAAGGAAAAGUGACGCGAUAACACAAAAAUGGCGUCCGUAUUGCCUUUUUGUGAUAGUGAGACGUCAUAUAACUAAAGUCACACCACCAAGCGGAAUUUGGAGCGAGCUAGGUCUUGUCUUAAGUCCUACGCAAAAGUGACGUCACAAUACAAAUUUCAGAAAAAGAGAGGGUGAAUUAAUCAAAAAAUGAACGUUAACGACGGGAACGUAAAAAAAUUGAUGCCUGAAGCCCAUAACACAAAAGUGGUAUCACCAUGUAGGCUUCGGGGCCAGCAGAGUGGAUUUAUCAAAAAAUAAAAGUUGAUGGAAGAAAAGCCGAUAAAAGUGACGCUAUGGCACAAACAUGGACAUGGCUAUGCAGUUUUGGGGAGAACAAAGGGCGCUCCCAAAGUAUGUGCACCAAGAUGGCGCACAACCUGAACCCUAACCUGGUACACAUACUAUGUUCAGGUUGUGCGCCAUCUUGGUGCACCUACUUUUGGUCCGAUCAAUGUGGACUAAUUUCAAAAUAAAAGUCACACAAGAUACGUCAUAGAAAAGACACAACCGCCGCGACACAAAAGUUACGUAAUACUGAUGUUUCUGGAGCGAAGAGAACGGAUCAGUAAAAAUGAAAAUAAAAAUGGGGAAAACAUCAAAUAAAAGUGAUGUCGUGACAGUAAAGUGACGUCACAUUGCAGAUUUGGGGCGAGGGGUAACAGUCAAUUGUCUCAGACAAAAAAACUAUCAUGGGGAAAUUCUCAACUCAGCAGCAGGUAUGUGAACCAUCGUGCGACGGUUCAGCAAUACUUGACGUGAAAUACGUAAUACGUGAAAAUUGUACAAAUGUGACCUGACCACAAUCUUGUCUAUCGUAACCAUCACUGAUUCCCUAUUUAUUGCCAUCAAAAGGAAUCUCCCUUUAAGCUUUGCUGACUUUUUCAACGCUAACUGCUACUAUUACAUUCCUUUGCACUACGGAUAAAAACACACUUAGCACCCAAUAUUUUAGCGGUUAUAUGCAAUAUUCCUAUUAAUAAUAUUUCCGAUGCCUUCGUCAUUGUUUGAACAAGCUUACACAUAUUUUUAUUCGAUGUUUCUUGCACAUUCACUCAGAGCAGGGCUCUGUAUAAGCAGCCACUGUUAUGUGAGGAGUUACUAUUUUGUAGAGACUAGGCACCGCUUACCCAGUGUGAUACACCAUAGAUACGAUAUGCAUGGGACUUUAACAGUCUGCAAUUCUAAUAUGACAACCAGAGGCCAUCGAGUCCACUUAAAUAUGAUUGGCCAUCUUGUUUCUUUUACUACACAAUUUAUUUAUUUUAUUUUUUUUGCAAUGAACUUUUCGUUGAAUUAACUUCUCACUAAAUAUGCAUUACAGUUUUGCAUUUCGAUAACCACGGAACGGUAAUUAAUAUUUCCCGUAUCGUUCUGGACGAAACUCUGAUCAAGCAGGUACAUGGUGAUUGGUGAACGACAAAUCAUUUGCAAUAUUCCUAUCAAUAAUGUCUCCGAUGCCUUCAUCGUUCUUAGGGCAAACUUGCAUGUUUGGUAUUUUAUUUUAGCAUCUUCCCACUUUAAACCAGCAAUUAUUGGAACAACUGGAAACUUCCCCGGUACUACAAUGCUUAUUCGUUUAUUGUACCCUUGGCGAGGUGGUGGCCUGCAAUUUUAUUAUACUUAUAUUCAAAGCCCUGACAAGUGGGCCAUCGCGCUCACGUACAAGUUAAAUUUGUCGUUUCGUUUCUUUAUUACACAAUUUAUUUUCCACUAUACAAAAUAGAGUAUAUUUUUUUUGCAUUUGCAUUUUGAUGAACUAUCUUUUCACAAAAUAUGCAUUAUCGUUUUGCAUUUCUAUCACCACGGUACACUAAUUAAUGUUUUUCUAUCGUUCUGGAAACGGCUCUGAACAAUUAGGCAUCUAUUUUAUGACUUUUUUAAAUUACUGACUUGACUCGUCUGGAGAGAAGUUAAAAGGACUUCUCUAUAUAUAUAUAUAUUAGAAGAUAAUUGUUAGAGAAUGUUGACGGAAUUAACCUGGCUUUUCCUUUCUAAACUAACCGGCCAUCGUCUUCUUUAACCCAGGGAGGAGUGUGCAACCUUCGGAGAGGUCACAAUUUUAAAAAGGGUGCGGUCCGCAAAACAGUUUUUAAUUUAGUUUUAUCUGGUACGUGCGUGUUAUUCCAAUCCCAAAGUCUGUAUUUGAAUCCGAUUUAUUACCUAUGCACAUGACGUUACAAUAUCCUACCAUUCAACUUGUGCAAAGCAAACAAAGCAUGUCAUAAGAUCAAUAACAACAUUUUUGUGCCAUCGACUACCAGAAAGCCUAUGUUAAAUAAAGGUGCGGCCCGCGGUUUCACCCUGGUAUUUGUAUCUGUUACUCCGGUAUGGAAGGUUGCAUACUCCUCAAUUUAUCAUUUUGUUUUUGUUUGAAAUUCAUCUCUUCUCAUAUUGUGCACAGUUACAAUUCAUUUGCCCAAGGUCACAAAAGACUUCUUCUGCACAAAGAUACUGCGAAAGCCAAGCAUGGAAUUGAAUCAUAAUUUUCACUUACACACAUCAAAAAUGUUGUAACAAAAAUACUGAAGGACUAAUGUCCCGGCGCUUGUCCGGAGCUUAGUUCAGAACGAUUACUGCCAAGAAUUUAUUCAUACGUACUUAGCAUAGUAUUUACACUAGAACUAGAUUUUAACGUGCAAUAAUAUAAUGUUUAAAUAGUCAAAGACUGAACAAAAUAAAAUCCUUUUGUGUAGUA